GAUUUUUCCCUCUAUUUGGCGCGUAUAUAAGCCGACCCUUGAAAAACAAGGGGAGAGAGAAAGAUCAAACAAACGGCAUAUGACUUCGAGAAACUGAAGCAGAAAGAGAGAGAAAGUGAAGGAAAGUUAAAGAAAGAGAGGAAAAAAAAAACUAAACAAACAGAACCCAAAAAAACAGAGACAAACAGUGUUUUUUUGGUUCCUUGUAAGAAAGAAGGAAAAGAGAGGGAGAAAGUUUCUGUUUUUUUUGCUUUUUCUCUCUCUCUCUCUAAGUUUCUGUUUCAUAUUUGUUCUUCUUUGUCUCUUUAGAAAAGAAGACAAACACACCCAUUUGAUCGGAUUGCAAUUUGGGCUGUUUGGGGUUGUUGUCCGUACGUUGAAUGGAGCGGGGAUCCGAUUCGGAUCCGGAACCGGAAUGGACAGCUUCGGGACCCGAAACGGGGCUCGAAGAGCCGGUUUGGCGAUUGGGUUUGGGGGAUGGGUCGGAAUCAUACCCGGUGCGACCUAACGAAGCUGAUUGUAUGUACUAUUUGAGGACUGGGUUUUGCGGCUACGGCUCUAAGUGUCGGUUCAAUCAUCCACGUGACCAUGCCAGGGUUAUUGGAGCUGGAAGAGGUGGUGUAGAGGAGUAUCCGGAGAGAGUGGGCCAGCCAGUUUGUCAGUUUUAUAUGAGGACGGGGACAUGCAAAUUUGGUGCUUCGUGUAAGUACAAUCAUCCCAAGCAGGGAGGUGGUUCUGUUAACUCUGUGCCGCUAAAUUAUUAUGGAUACCCACUGCGUCUGGGCGAAAAGGAGUGUUCUUACUAUGUGAAGACAGGGCGGUGUAAGUUUGGUGCAACAUGUAAAUUCCAUCAUCCUGCGCCACCAGCUGUGCAGCUUCCAGCACCAUCUCUUGCUCCUCCAGUUGCACGUUUGCCUACACCAGGUCCAGUACCUAUGUCAUAUCCCAUGGUGCAGUCACCAUCUGGUCGUUCCUCUCAACAAUAUGGAGUUGUAAUGGCACGGCCUCCCUUGAUGCCAGGCUCAUAUGGGCAAGCCCCCUAUGGUCCUUUGAUGCUUUCCCCAGGCAUGGUUUAUGUUCCAAGUUGGAACCCCUAUCUGGCACCUGUCAAUCCUGGUACUCAAUCCAAUGUUGGAUCAAGCUCAAUUUUUAGAGUAACACCAUUAUCUCCUUCAGCACCUGCCUAUACAGGAUCUUAUCAACCUGUACCAUCUAGUGUUGGGCCUUCUAGUAGUUUUCAGAAGGAGCAGUCAUUUCCUGAGAGACCUGGCCAACCAGAAUGUCAUUAUUAUAUGAAAACAGGUGACUGUAAAUAUGGAUCCUCCUGUAGAUAUCAUCAUCCGCCUGAAGUGAUUGCACCAAAAGCUGAUGUCAUCCUCAGCCCUCUUGGUUUUCCUCUUCGUCCAGGUGCACCACCUUGCACUCAUUAUUCACAGCGAGGAGCAUGCAAGUUUGGAGCUGCUUGCAAAUUUGACCAUCCUAUGGGAACCUUUAGUUACAGUCCAUCUGCGUCUUCCCUUGCUGAUGUGCCUGUUGCACCCUGUUCUGUUGGAUCUACAGUUGGUACUCUAGCUCCAUCAUCCUCAUCUUCAGAGUUACGACCAGAACUUCUUUCAGGGUCAAGCAAGGAUCCUGCCCCUUCCAUAAUGUCAUCAUCCGCGAGUGCAUCAAGUGAAUCGGUUGGUUCCUUUUUUUCUAAAGGUACACCCGUUCCUCAAUCAAGCACACAACAGUCUACUCAGAGUUCUGCCCCUUCUACUGGUAGUGGCAGCAGCAGCACCAAGGCGCACACUUCAAGCUAAGAGAAAAGAAAAGCAACUUCCUCAAUCCCCUUUUUUUGAUCAAGGUCAUGAACCAAAACAUUAUUUUUUGUGCCACUCUUCAAAAAUAGGAUGCUUCAUUUCUUUGUUAUCAUGGUUCCACAAUUCAGGUCUAGCACACAACAUCUCCGAUCAUCUGUGUUCAUAUAAUCAUCAUAGGGCCAUCUCUUCCAUAUUGAAUAAGCCCAUAGCCAAACCAUAAAAAGUUUAGCAAACCCCAUACACCUUGCUUUUGAAUAACCACUGAAGAACCUGCAGUUAUGUUAGGGAGAACUGUGUCAACCCGUCCAAUUUUUGGAGUCUGUUGCAUUUGUUUAUGAUCUGAUCUUUUUUGAAAUGAAAAGAUCGAUCCCACAGCAUUCUUCUCUUUACACCGUUUGUUCAUGUCCAUCAUAGAUUUUAUUUUCAAUUUGGGAACAAGUUUCCAAUUCAAUCUAGAAAGAACUUGAAAGUAAUCUUGUUCCCCCACUUUUUAUGAGGGGUUGUUGUGAAGAAGAGGGGUUGUUGUGAAGAAGAUAAGUAAUUUAAGAAAAACUCCGAGGAGGCAUCGAAAGGUGACUAUAUAUGGGAUUAGAUACAUGAUUGUGUUGUGACAAUGGAAAUGCUUGACAUGGUUCGAUAAAUUUAUUAUGACAUACGAAUAUAUGAGAAUUACUCUUUGACUGCAAUAAUUGUUCAUCACUUCAAUUCCAGCAUUUAGUCCUCAGUUUUCACUUUUUGUCACAGCUUCAUUCAAAUGUGCCAAACUACGGGCAAGAGAUCAUUUGGAUUUGAAUAUUCCUUGUGCAAGUGAUUAUCCUCCAGAAAUGGCAACAUUCAUUUGUUUUCUUCAACCUAGUCUUUCCUCUCGCUCCUCCAUUUCCUCUUGUUCUCCUAUCAUAUUUUCUCUGAUAGGGCCAAGUUUUGUGCUGGGGUUAAUGUUAUGAAUAAUUUUUAAAUUAUAGUAAAAUAUGA